ACCGUCUGGAGUAAGUUGGAUGUGCGCUCUCCUCACUCGCAUCCAGAAGCCAUCGGGAAAACUGUUGCGAUGGGGAGGAUCAGGGAAAACCACUUUGGGAUUUUGACUUUUUCCCUCCUGGUGACCUUCAUCUGGGCGCAAAGCGUCAAGGAUCUAAAAGAUCCGAGUAAUAUGCCUUUGGUGAAGGAAACAGUGGACAGGCUGAUGAAAGGAUACGACAUUCGGUUGAGGCCGGAUUUUGGAGGUGCUCCGGUGGCGGUGGGGAUGAACAUUGACAUUGCAAGCAUAGAUAUGGUCUCAGAAGUAAAUAUGGACUACACCUUGACCAUGUACUUUCAACAAGCAUGGCGGGACAAGCGACUCUCGUACUCAGAGAUCGCCUACAACCUGACGCUGGACAACCGGGUGGCCGACCAGCUGUGGGUCCCUGACACCUACUUCCUUAAUGACAAGAAGUCUUUCGUACAUGGCGUCACGGUUAAGAACAGGAUGAUCCGUCUCCACCCUGAUGGGACCGUGCUUUAUGGACUCCGCAUCACCACAACUGCUGCCUGCAUGAUGGACCUGCGCCGGUACCCUCUGGAUGAGCAAAACUGCACUCUGGAGAUAGAAAGCUAUGGAUACACGACUGAUGACAUUGAGUUUUACUGGAGAGGAGGGGACAAUGCCGUGUCUGGGGUUGACAGGAUAGAGCUGCCACAGUUCUCCAUUGUUGACUACAAACUCAUCUCCAAGAACGUUGUCUUUUCUACAGGUUCCUACCCCCGCCUGUCUCUCAGCUUUAAACUGAAGAGGAACAUCGGUUACUUCAUCCUGCAGACAUACAUGCCUUCCAUCCUGAUUACCAUCCUCUCCUGGGUCUCCUUCUGGAUCAACUAUGAUGCAUCUGCUGCCAGAGUGGCCCUGGGGAUCACCACGGUGCUGACCAUGACCACCAUCAACACUCACUUGCGAGAGACGCUCCCCAAGAUCCCCUACGUGAAGGCUAUCGACAUGUAUCUGAUGGGCUGCUUUGUGUUCGUCUUCCUGGCUUUGCUGGAGUACGCUUUCGUCAACUACAUCUUCUUUGGCCAGGGCCCCCAGCGACAGAAGAAGGCGGCUGAGAAAGCAGCCACGGCCAACAACGAGAAGCUGAGACCCGACCCCAACAAGUGGCUGGUGGGAAAUGUAGUUCAAAGAGAUGAUGCUCUGUAUGCCAGAAUGAAACAGAGGGAAAUUGACGCAUAUGACUCGAUGUGGGAUCCCAUCUUUGUGGACGAUGCCGCAUUAGGACUAGGCGAUCAAAGAAAUAAGAUGACCCCCGACGACAACAUCCUGUUCAGUGCCAUGGAGAUGAAGAAUGAGAUGGGUGGCGCCGGGGAUCUGUCCCGGGGCCUGGGAGCCCCAACGGAUCCCCGCAACACUAUGCUGGCCUAUGACAGCUCCACACUGCAGUACCGCAGGGCGGCCAUGGCCCGGCAGAACUAUGGCCACAGUGCCUUGGAGCGCCACGCCCAAAAGAAGUCCCGCCUACGAAGACGGGCCUCACAGCUCAAGGUGAACAUCCCAGACCUGUCCGACGUGAACUCUAUCGAUAAGUGGUCCAGGAUGAUCUUCCCCACCGUCUUCUCCUUCUUUAACGUGGUCUAUUGGCUCUACUAUGUCCAUUAAACCCGGGGGGGACGAGUCUGGAAACCGGCUUUCUGCCAGACGACAAUGAAGAAUUGGCGUGGAGGAAUCAAGAAAGAUAAAUGAUGAGUGAGAGCGAGAGAGAAUGUGAGAUGAAAACAGUGUGCUGACUUUUUAAAAGCUGGUUUGUUUCCGACGACGUGAGGAGAACACAAAGACCUUUUUUCGCAGCAGCACCCACUUCAGUCAGCAGUGACUCUUUUAGGAUUUGGGAAACACCUUCAAGUGACUGACGAGCACUCGAAUAAAAAGAAGAGUGAAUAACAAAAAAUAAAAAAAAUAAGAAAGACAGAUACGGUGCCUGUUCCAGAAUUUCAAUAUAUCACUAAUAUUUGUCAUUCGUAGCUUACUAUCUCUCUGUGGAUCAAAAUAUUUAUGCUUGUGUUUGCAUAUACUUUAAGGAUUUCUUUUGUUUAGUAUCUAUUUACUUGGUAGCCGAGCUGUCUGCAUCCAGGAAAAGCUUUAUAAAUGAUUUAAGAGGAGGUCAUCCUUGAUAGUCUAUUUUCCUAUAUUUACUGUAUAUCAGAAACAUCCUUUUAAAAAAAAGCAUGCUUAUGUUUGGUUUCAUUUCCAUCUCAACCGUGAUGAGGAAUGAGAGUAUUUUAGUUGUACUAGUGGAGGCUGUCUUAACAUUUGAGGGUGUCUGGAUUGCAGUAGGCAGACAGCAGGGGGCAGUCUUACCUCUGGAGCUUUAACGAUCAAAGAAAGAGAAGAUCUGUUUUUGAUUUGGGUUAUUUUGCUUUUCGCCGCGCUUCCAGAUUCCCUCCAUUCAUCGGUGAGGUUUGAUUUUUUUUCUUUUAAAACAUUUAACUGAAUUUUUUUUUUUCUUCCGUUGUGCAGAGUAUAGCUUUGAUUUAACACAAGCUGGCAUAGACAAGUUUCCCCAUUGGCCGAGCUUCAUCGCUGCAUAAAUAUCGCAAUCCACAAUCAUCGUAACCAGUAGGAACUGGAUGAUAGGAGUAGGAUGCAUUUCAUCGUGAUUAGGUUUCUGUUUCCAGAAAAGGAGAAUAAUUAUUUAAUUAAAAAAAAUACUGUAGAUAACAUAUUUAAUGAAAAAGAGAUGAUUCAUUUUUAUAAAUCAAUACUGACUUUAUUGUGUAAAUACUAUGAAUUUAUUCUAUUUAAAUGGGUCUUUGUUGUUGUUUUCUGCAGUUGAAUUACAGCUCAACUGUUUCAUUUAGUCAAGAAGAAGAAGAAAGGAAAAAAAUAAAAUCUCAGCGUAAGAAGAAUUAAAACACCAUUCACAACUUUGCUGACUAUACUUUUGGGACUUUUACCUCUUUCUCUCUCUCUGUCUCUUCUUUUCUUUUCUUUUUAAUGGACUCUGAAAGCAUCUACUUGCUGAAACUAAAGCACUUCCAGACACCACUGACUUUUGGGUCAAUGUCUCACUCUCCUGAAACGACAUAACCGAGACCCCCCUCCCCUUACUAUCCAGGCAUUGAAGUCAGGCAUAUUUUGUACAAAGUUUCUGUAAAUUCUAAUUGUAAUAUUUCAUAAUGACUGUAAAUAUAUUGUGUAAUAACUGUCAGCAAUUAUGAAGAUGUAUCUAAAUUCAAUUAAAACUCAGUUCAGUCUAUCACUUCAACAAGAGGAGCACUG